AUAUCCAUGGAAACUAUAUCCAAAACAAGUCUACUGUUGUGUAUUAAGACGCAAACAAAACAGCUUGUUUCAGAUAAACGUUGUGUGUACUGAUUUUUAUUAACAACAAAUCGCUUCCAUUGUCAACUCAACUUUAAGAUAUUUUUAUCCGUUUGGAGUUUUUUUAUCCAUUUUGCCACAAGUUAAUAAAAUUGCGUUUUUGUUUGUAUAUUUAGUAUGUCGUCAACAAUAAACCCGCUCGCAAAUCCCAAAGGAGUAAAGAAACUAUGCAUACUUUGCCAGAGACCUGCAAAACUGCAAUGCGCAAACUGCCGGGUCACCCUUUACUGUGACCCUGACCACCAGCAGGCCGACUGGAUCAGUGUUCAUGAAAAAGUCUGUCCUCUACUGGUGUCCAUUCACGCACUUGCACCCUUUCACACGUUGCAUGCUGACCGGGAACAACACCAUACAGAAAUCCUGAAGAAACAGGAGGAGCUAAUAGAGAUUGCUCACCUAGAGGCACAAAGGUGGGUGUCCAGUAAAAGGUUUCAUCAUGCGAUACCAGCUGCUCUUCUCUUCCUGCGCUGGGCCGUGCAGCUGUACGGACCUCGUUCCGUUAAACUGGUACCAGCUUAUCUCCUGCUUGCACAUGCUUAUAUAGGUUUAGAUUCUAUGUCCCAGGCUCAAGAGUAUCUCUCUAAGGCUGAGUGGGCAGUAAUGAACACACCAGGUUGUAGUCCCAUUGUCCUUCAUCAGCUACAUCGAACCCUGGGCCGCCUGCAUGCCGCUACAGGAAAAUACCCGUCUGCUCUCUUUCAUUUCUCCAGUGACGUGUACUACGCCAGUGAGGUGUUUGGAUUGGAGAGUACUGAGACAUGUGAAGGGUAUUUCCUCAUGGCCGAUGUGUUUCUAAAGCAAAACAAGCCUGACAUCACCCACUCGCUCUACACAGAGGUUGCAGGUUUCUGGCACGCUCACCUGUGUAGGUUGAUGGAAAGGAUCAGUCGGAGUGGCACUGAGCCAGAGGACUGUUUUGGUGAGGCUCAGUGUGUGGAGGUCGAUCAGAUGUUGAGAUGCAUUCUGGACUUUGAGGAACAGCAUAAGAAACCUUGCUCUGACCUGUCGGCUAUAUUGCUUCAUUCUCUGGCAAUGCUGUGGUUGCUCUCUAACAACUACUCCAAGGCACUGGAAUAUGGGAAGAAGGCUGAGAUGUUGAUUGAGGGGUCGAAUGAGCAUAACAGCAUGAGAGAGGCCAUCCAGAAUCUCUUGCAUUUUGUUGAAAAACACAACAUUGACCUACCAUAAUGAAAUAUAACUGCAUGCAUUAUAGAAAAAAUUAUAUAUUAAAUGAAUAGACAGUGUUAGCUAGCACUAGGUUACUCUGUAAGCCAUGAUGUGAAAUAAACAAACAAGCAUCCGAGACGUUUUCAAGUUCAGGA